AUGUUUUCUGACACCUACAAGAUAAAAUUAGUUGAUGAAGUCUUGUAUGAGGUUACUGGUAAACUUGUUAGUAGAAAAUUAAAUGAUGUACAACUUGAUGGAGCUAAUCCAUCGGCAGAAGAAGCUGAUGAAGGAACAGAUGAAGCUGUUGAAUCUGGUGUCGACAUUGUACUAAAUCACAGAUUAUGCGAAACAUAUGCUUUCGGGGAUAAAAAAUCUUACACAGCAUAUUUGAAGGAUUAUAUGAAAAAGUUAGUAGCUAAACUUGAAGAAACCAAACCGGAUGAAGUAGAAGUAUUCAAAACAAAUAUGAAUAAAGUAAUGAAGGAUAUAUUAGGAAGGUUUAAAGAACUUCAAUUUUUCACCGGAGAAUCUAUGGAUAUCGAUGGAAUGGUCGGACUUAUGGAAUACAGAGAAAUCGAUGGAGACAGUGUUCCAGUUAUGAUGUUUUUCAAACAUGGCCUAAAAGAAGAAAAAUUUUAG